AUGGAGGCGGGCAACGGUGGUUAUGCCACGGGGCAAACCGACUGGUGGAAGGACUUUCGCUAUGGGGUGGAGAAAAUCUUGCGCUCUUCUUUGGCUGAAAGCAAGGUAAGCAAGGGCGUUCUGCAACGGGAAAGUUGGAUCAGAUUUCUACAGAUCAUCGGUGGCACCGAGGAGCAAGCACGUGCCCUGCUGAAGGACCAAGGGUCACAUCUCAGUGUCGAAAACUUCUUGGACCUCAUUUUUGGGGAUGCCGCUUCCUCAAAGGUGUCCAAAGGAAACGGCCAUACACUGACAAACAACUUGCGGGACUAUUUUGAGAAUCACUACCGAGAGGGAGGUCAAUUUGGGCAUGCUGACUACAUAGGCACUGACAAUGCUGAGAUGUGGACUUGGCUGCAUAAGCCCACAGGGAUCCAAGUUUGGCAAGACGCCAUUGACCUCACCUCGGGUCAUGGUGGGGAGGUCUACUUCCACUACACGAGUGAAUUGGCCUUCCGAAACAUCACUCACCCGGCCAAAGAAGCAGCAGAGGUUUGGGCAUCAUUGAAGACAGAUGGGCCCAAUGCUAAUGCUUGGUGGGGCAAAGGGAUCUACACUGUGCCGUUGCCUCCUGACCAGUGGCAAAACCGGGAGCAGUUGCUGGACAACAAUUUCCGCAACAUGAUGCGGCGGGACCGCGAGGAUCCAGAAAGGGGUCCUGAGUACGUAGAUCGCGAGUACCCCAAGAGGGCCGCAUUCUGCGUCCCAAUUCUGAUCGAUGCAUGCAAUGCCUUCGAUGUCUCCAAGAAAGCGACACCAGAAAUGGAGGCUGCGGGGAAGGAACCGGGCAGGAACCUUGCGGACAAACUUCUGAAUGAGCCUGGCAUGCCUCCCCGCUGGUGCGUUGUGCUCCGAGUCUAUGGUGAAGAUGGCGUCCAGCAUGCACGUGGACGAUUGCUGGAUGCCCUGCGUGCCCGAGCCAAUUCAGCUGCGACAUCAGUCCUGUCUGCCAAGUAUCGCCUGGGCUGUGUGCUUCAUUACCAGGGGUUGACUCAGGAGGCGUUGCCCUUGGUGCGAAAAUUGCUGGCAUCUUGUGAGUCAAUAUAUGGCCCGGCACAUGAGGAGACGUCGGCAUGUGCCGGCCUUCUGGCCCUCCUCCUGCAAGCUAGGGGCAAUUACAGCGAAGCUGAGAAAUUGCUUCGACCCGCCUUGGAGGGGUGCAGAUGGGGGCUUAACCAACAAGCCUUGAAAUACAGCUACCAGUUAGCAUAUCUCCUGACAGAAAUGUGCAACUACAGUGAAGCUGUGGUCUUGUACCGCCGUGUUUUGGAUGAGCAGAUAAGACAAAUUGGUUCUGAGCACCCAGAGACCUUGACUGCCAUGUCCGGUCUGGCCACUGUCCUAAAAGCCAUGGGCCACUACCGGGAAUCGGCGGACCUGAGGAGGACUGCGAAAGUCACCUGCGAAAAAAUCUUGGGUCCGGAACAUCCUCAAACUUUGGAUUGCAUCAACGAUUUGGCCAUUGCCCUGCACAACGCGGGCGAUUACCAUGAAGCUGCUGAGUUGUAUCGCAAGGUCUGGGACAUAAAAGAAAGGACAUUUGGUCCUUUGCAUCCGGUGACUCUGCACAGUCUUACCAACUUGGCAAUUACCUUGACAGAUAUGGGCAACCACAGGGAGGGAGUGGAGUUGCACCGAAGGGCCUUGGAUGCCCGGGAAAGGACUCUGGGCCUCGAAAAUCCUGAGACCUUGCAAUCCAUGAGUCAACUGGCAUUGGCGUUGCAUGCCAUGGGAAAUCUUUCCGAAGCGGAGGAGUUGCAGAGACGGGCUCUGUGCGCGAAGGAAAGGAUCCUGGGACCCCAGCAUCCGAGCACCCUCCGAUCCAUUGAGCGUUUAGUGCGCCUCUUAAAGGACAUGGGCAACGAAUCUGAAGCAGCCGAACUGUGGAAGCGGAUAGAACUUCUUCCCUAAUCAACAGCCAAGGUUUAGCUGUUGGCACCUUGCCCUGUGUCGUUUUUUUCGGCUCCUUCAUGUUCAUGACUUGUACAUAGUGCUGUGAGUUUCAAUUCCUGCAGUGGAUGGAGCAUGCUGCAUGCUGCGCCUGUUGUAACCUCAAAACUGGGCUGUUCAGCUUACGGAGUUAUUCGUGGGCACCUAUUUAGAGUCCUUGGAUGUCCUAUGUCCAAGGUCACGACGUCGAGGUCUUUGGCAACAACGGUUCCCACCAUGCUUCGACGUUGAACGAGGUUCCCAUGGAACAUCUCCGCUAUCGCUUGACAUGGAACAUUCCCAUUCCCUUCAUCAAUAUUUGUUGCAGAAUCCUGCGCAUUUCUACAAUUCUUCAUGCCCGUUCCAGCAAAGCACUGAAAGUGCACUCAACCAGGCGACCUUGGGCGUUGCGAGAGACUCGGACGAGUACAGCUUUGCACAUGACCUUUGUUUGAAAAGCCAUGGGCCCAGUGAUGUCCAGAGCAGCCUGAUUUUUUUGUUUCGCCUGCACUUUUUGUCACACUGCUGCCACCGGUACAUAUUUAAAUUGCCAAGCGCAAUUUUGCCUCAAGACACCACUUGUC